AUGCGUCUCAGCCAAGUCAAUAUCAUCCUCUCUCAUGCAGUAUGUUCAAAGACUGACUUGAGGGUAUGUGAGACACUGCCGAGCUGUGAUGAUAUCUGGAUUGACGCCAAGAUAGUGACCUCACUGAGUCACGAGUAUCCAUGUAAACAAUGGUCAGAUGUUCAAGAGCGAGGAUUCAGACCUGGCAGAAUCGAAAAGCCAGGGAAAAAUGAUCCUCUUCCUGGCUCGAGGCCAGGAGAGACUCCUGGGGAUAGAAUGCAAGAUAUUGUCGAAAACAACUCCCCAACCUUCUCAAAUAAAGACUUGGAGGACCAAAGGCUGAAAGGUGUAGAGCUGAUUGACCUAAGCGUUCUUGGAACUCCUAAGAGUUAUGGCUAUAACGAAGUGCCGGCAGUCGCAGGUCCAAAGUCAUGGCCAGUGGAAGGCAGCAAAAACUCCUAUUUGGACGAUUUCAAGAUCUCUGGCCAAGGUCAAACAUGGGUCAGGAACGAGGUCAAAGAUCCUACAACAGGGGACUCUAUCCUAGACACAUGUGCUGCUCCUGAGCAAAGAGCUCUCGUGAUAAAGCAAAGCUAUAACAUUGAGAACGAUCAAAGCAAGAAGUUGAGAUGGUCAUCCAUGACAAUGAGCAAUUGGCGAGAAGCAUGCAAAAGCAAAGGAACUAGAACAGAGGAUCUUAAUAAGAUCGUUCGAGAUAACAUCCUAGAGGGUAAAGGAACCGAUUCUACAACCUCAAAGGGCGUCCAGCUGAACACCUACUACGCAAUCGAAGAAGCGUUUGAAGUAAUGAGGGCCGACGUGAAAAAGACAUUGACGCUGAACCCGAUCAACCCUAGGACCGCCAAUGAGCUUAAAGUCGUAGAGCUUAUGACGGCCCAAACCCAUAUCUCACGAGUUUAUUUUAUGCUAAAGGACUAUCGCACUGAGCUAGGUAAUAAAAACAUCAAGCUCAUCCAUCUGAUGUCCGAGGAUCAUGAGAAAACUGGCGGGAGGGUCCACAUCGUUCUAGAACUCGGACCGGCCUAG